AAGAGGGUUACGUGUUAUUCGAAUCUCGUCCUGCAGGCGCGUAAAGCCUAUUCAGUGAGUUUGAGUUGCCCUUAUUAUACACGAUAGCACACCACCGUCCCUCCUGGUAACUGUAAAAGCAGUAGUAUUUGAGUCCCGGUCUCUUAUUCCCUACCCACCACCUAGAUGAGCUGGGAAAAGUUGACUAGAUCCCCGAGACUUCUGGGAAAUGUAGUUCACAGUCAAAAGAAGGAAAUGGAGAAAGAUCCGUUAGUUCAGAGCCCUGGUGGGCAGAGACCUCUGGGCGUGCUAGCAGGAGUGCGCAGGCGCAGGCUCCGUGGCUCGCCAUCGUCGCCUUUGUCUAAUGGCCAUCGGGAGCAGAAGUUUGCCUGCCCUGCAAACCUCUCCUGAGCUCUGAGGCCUCAACCUGACUCACAGCUGCUGCUUUGAUUUCCAGAGAUAGUAUCUGCACCCUGAAGCAACAGUGGGUGGUUGAGAAGUUAAGUCUGCAGAAGCAGCAUUUGAUGUUUCUACACAGAGAAGGACACAGGGUGAAAGACUUGCCAGUUAAGUCUCAUCUUUCUCUAUAAAAAUAGACUAAAAUUUUUUUGGAAGACCUGGGAUACAAAUUAUUUUCCUCUGGGCACAGAUAUUGCAUGUGGGGCUGAGCUGAAGAAAAUGUGAACUGUAGUUUACCCACAUUCGUAAUUUACUUGUGCAAGUGAGAGCAACUGUGAGAAAGAGCACUAACAUAAAGGCGGUGCUGCAUUUCUGCCCUUGUCACCCACCUCAGACCACUCACCUAAAAAGUCUCUCGUUAUAUAUCCAGCUUCACUAGAUACACAAGUAUCUAGUGAAUGUGGAAAAGCUUUCAUCCUAUCUCAGUAGAUGCUCGGAGAAAACCGUUGUGUGUAACAGAAUGUUGGAAAGUCUUCAUCCUGAGUCAGAGCUUCUGCAUGAUGAACUUGAUCCUGGAGAGAAACUUUAUGAAUGUAAUGAAUGUAGAAAAACCUUUAACCUAAAACAAAGCUUUGUAGAGCAUAAGAAAAUGCACAGUGGAGAGAACACACAUGAAUGUACAGAAUGUGGCAAAGCGUUUUCUCGAGUCUCAUCACUUACUCUACAUUUGAGAAGUCAUGCACGGAGGAAAUCAUAUAAAUGUGGAAAAGCCUUCAGCCAGAGAGGAAACCUCGCUUCUCCUCAGAAGCAACAUGCUGAAGAGAACCCCUAUGACUGCGAGAAGACUUCCAUUCAGAUGACAGCCCCCCUCAGAAGUCAGAGAAGCACGGGGAAUAAACCAUUUGCGUGUAAGGAAUGUGGGAAAGCUUUCAAUGGCAAAGCAUAUCUCAAAGAACAUGAGAAAAUUCAUACGGGAGAGAAGCCAUUUGAAUGUAAUCAGUGUGGAAGAGCCUUCAGCCAGAAGCAGUACCUCCUUAAACAUCAGAACAUCCAUAGUGGAAAGAAACCUUUUAAAUGUAAUGAGUGUGGUAAGGCUUUUAGCCAGAAAGAGAACCUCAUUAUCCACCAGAGAAUCCACACUGGAGAGAAGCCCUAUGAAUGUAAAGGGUGUGGGAAGGCCUUCAUUCAGAAGUCAAGCCUCAUUAGACACCAGAGAAGUCACACUGGAGAGAAACCUUACACAUGCAAAGAGUGUGGGAAAGCUUUCAGUGGCAAAUCCAACCUCACUGAGCAUGAGAAAAUUCAUAUCGGAGAGAAGCCCUACAAAUGUAACGAGUGUGGGACGAUUUUCCGGCAAAAGCAGUAUCUCAUCAAACAUCACAACAUCCAUACGGGUGAAAAACCCUACGAAUGUAAUAAGUGCGGAAAAGCCUUUUCUCGGAUUACGUCACUCAUAGUACACGUGAGAAUUCAUACAGGUGAUAAACCCUAUGAAUGUAAAAUCUGUGGGAAAGCCUUCUGUCAGAGUUCAUCUCUCACAGUGCAUAUGAGGAGCCACACGGGUGAGAAGCCCUACGGCUGUAAUGAGUGUGGGAAGGCCUUUUCUCAGUUCUCAACUCUUGCUUUACACAUGAGAAUCCAUACUGGUGAAAAACCGUACCAGUGUAGUGAGUGUGGGAAGGCUUUCAGCCAGAAGUCACACCACAUUAGACACCAGAGAAUUCAUAUUCAUUAAAGCUCGAUAAAUGCCUUAGAUUUAGGAAUGCUUGAGCAGAAUAUAUGGUUGGUAAUAUAUCAAAAGAUUUAUCUUACAUUAAAGUUACACAAAUGUAGGAAAUCCUUCUAUAGUGACUCAAAACUUAAAUGUAAAGAUAUUUAAUAAGAUGUAUCACAGUAUUAUAUACUUCACAGGCUCUCACAAUAAAAGUUACUAGUAUAA